ACUGGAGUCCAAACUACCUAAAAUACCAAGACGAAGAAGGAAGGAAAACGAGGAGAAAAGAGUUAGUGCAAGUGUGCAGGCUAAAUUGAUCAGGAUUUGAGAUUAAAGUGACUGAGGACCAUGCUGAGGGUUUGUCUGAGAGGAGCUAAUGCCACAGCCCGGAGGAACUGUGGGAGAACCCCUCUAACCAACCUGCAACAUUGCCGGCACUACACAGCAGGAGAGACCAGCGGUGGUGCCGCUAAAGUGGUUGCUGCAGGCCUGGUGACAGUAGGUGGGGGCAUUGGAGGUGCGAUACUCUACGCCAAAUGGGACCACAAGUUCAGAGCAGCUGUGGAGAAAAAUGUUCCGUACUCCGACUGGCUGUUGGGCCUGGCUUUGGGACCCGCUUCUCAGGAUGGCGGCUUCCCAGUCAAGACGCAGAUGGAGAUUGCCCAGCCCCCCUCUAUGAUGGAAAAACAGAUGAAGACAUCUAAAGCCAAGCCAGAGAAAAAGGUGAAGGAGGCAGCAGAGAGUCCAGCCAAAGAGACGGGUCCUGUCCCAGCUCAGCCUGCACAGAGCUUAGAGGAGGCUUCAGCAGAGGCAACUCAUAUCAUCUCAGCCAUAAGUGAGGUCCCAUCAGUCCCUGCUCCGUGUGACACAGAGGCAGCAGCAGUCAAAGAGGAGUGCAAAGAGACAGCAGCAGUUCAGCCCGACACAGAGUCACCUGCAGCAGCAGAACCAAUCAAAGAGCGGCCAGUAGAGGAAGUGGCAGCUAGACUGGCUCAACAAGACCAGGAGGAACAGGACAUCGUAGCAUCUAUAUCAGCCAGUCUUGAAGAGUCACUGGCCAGCUCAGCUAAAGCGACGCUGCAGGCCAUCGGUGCUCAGGAGGCAGCCCUGCAGGCCAUCACACGGCAUACACACAAACUGAAGGAGGCUAUGGAGGCAGAGGUUUCACCUCAGGAGAAGUCAGCUCAGUGGAAGGAUUUAGAAGCUGCUCUUGCUGACAGAACCGGUGCUGUGGAUGAUGCUGGAGCUGCUCUGUUGAAAGCCAAUGAAGCCCUUGACAGUCUGAAGUCAGUGAUUGAUAAGUCUAAAGGGCUGAAGGCCUCUGCUGUUCGCCCUCUGGUUUUAGCAGCAGAGGAGAAUCUCCAUAACAUGGUGGUGGACUUGGAUAAAGUCGUCACCAAGGUGCAGUCUGCAGAGUCAGAAGCUAAGAUUGUCUCCCAGUACAGUGAACUGGUUAAUGAAGCCAAACAACAGUUCCAGAGGGAAGUGAGCAGCCUAACUCCAGAAAUCCAGGCCAACUGGAAGGGCCUCACUGGCAAACUGUCAGUGGAUGAUCUGAACGCCCUCAUCGCCCAUGCACACCGUCGCAUUGACCAGCUGAACCGAGAGCUGGCUGAGCAGAGAGUCAGAGAGCAGAUCCACAUUGAUGCAGCACUGGAGCAGCAGAAGUUGGAGGACCAAAAAGCUCUGGAGAAAGCUGUCAACACCUCCCUGCAGCAUUUCAAGGAGGAGGCCCGGCUGGAGCAGGAGAGGAAGCUGUCUGAGUUAAGGGAAGUGAUGGAGGCAGAGAUGAGGACUCAGCUCCGGCGUCAGGCGGCUGCUCACACAGACCAUGUCCAAGAUGUCCUCAAAGUUCAGGAUCAGGAGCUGAGAGCUGAGGCUGAGCAGGUGCUGAGCAGUAAGAUGCUCGAACAGGAGACCUGCUACCGUCAGCUGAGCCAGGAGCAGCUGGAUAACUUCACUCUGGAUAUGAACACUGCCUAUGCAAGACUGAAGGGGAUGGAAGAGGCCAUAGACAGUCACGUGGUAGCAGAGGAGCAGGCCCGUAAAGCCCACCAGCUCUGGCUCUCUGUGGAAGCUCUCAGCUACACUCUGAAGACAGCUGAUGCUGAUUCUCCCACCGUGCCUCUGGAGAGCGCCGCUCAGGUCGUGCGGGACAGCUGUGGUGACAGUGACUUCGCCUUGGCUCUUGCGUCGGCUCUUCCAGAACAGUCUCUUCAGCGUGGUGUAUACAGCGAGGCGUCUCUCCGUGCCCGCUUCAACUCUCUACGCUCCCUGGUUCGCCGGGUUGCCCUCAUUGAUGAGUCUCAUAACUCCCUGUACCAGUAUUUCCUGUCCUACCUUCAGGCUGUGCUCCUGUUUGAGGCUAAACAGGAAGCUCCACCCGCCCAUCUUAGCAGCGAGGACUUAGACCCCUUUAAGCUUCUGUCAUAUGCUAGUUACUGCUUAGAGCACGGGGAUCUGGAGCUGGCAGCUAAACUGGUGAACCAGCUGAGAGGAGAGGCUAGGAGGGUGGUGGAGGACUGGCUGACUGAAGCCAGACUCACACUGGAGACCAGGCAGGUCAUCAGUUUGUUGUCUGCUUAUGCAAAUGCUGUGGGGUUAGGAACCACCCAGGCUCCAUAGGCUGCUGCUCUCACUUAACCUGGCAAACCUUAAAGGGACAAUCCACUCAAAAUCUGUCUACAGAGGAUCAGAUAGUAGCCUACUGUGGGUAGGAGUAGGAGGCUCUGUAGAGGUUGUAGCACACAUCUCUGUGGAGCAAAAGAGCUGUGUGGGGCAGGGUGGGAUACUCAGAUUUUCAGUGGGGGAUUCCUUUAAGUUAACUGAGGUUAAGUGAUGGAUGUUCAGGUGCAGCAUAAGUUCAUUUGUUUUAAAGCACUAAGUCAUUGUGGAUGAUUAUUUGUAAAAUAUAAUGGAUGCACCCUCUCAGUCCAGUUUCUGUCCGCUCAGGCCCACAGGUUUGGUCCAGGUAUUUAUUUCUGGAAUCAUUUCUUUAUGUGUGUGUGUUUUGGAAGGUGAAUCCAAACAUUGAUUACAGAAUGUGUAAUGCUGCAUUUUAUUUUUGACAGUACUGCACAUGUUACAAUAAAUAAUGAACAAGAA